AUGCUUGCCUCGGCCGGUUUGCAGGCCGCCGCGGCGGGGUCCAGUGACGCAGCCAUGAGUGCCGGCCAGCCUCGUCAUGUGGAUGCGUUGACUCGCAACGGCUCCAUCGCUCGUUCCGAUGCCAUCGCCAAGCUCAAGAGAGCGGCCUCGCAAAGGGAGAUGAGGACGAAGCCGCCAAGUGGCCAUCCACCUGGCCCGCAGUCCACAGGCAGCGGAGGGCCGUCUCCGGCGCAGAUCCUGCCAAAGGACGCCUCGACCCCUCUGAUAGCCACGGAGCCGCCUACGUCUCAGACCCCGUCACACCAACUCGGUGGGUCUGCCGCCGCCAGUCCGUCCAGGAACAUAGGUCCGCCCACGGCCUUAGCACAGCUGCGCGGGGCAGACUUUAGGCCGGAAGCUCUACCGUUGGACUCGCCCCCGGUUUCAGCGGGCGACGCAUUUUCCGCAGUGGCUCCUGCGGCGGACCACCUCCAAACGCCGACGGCCGAGAUCAACAGCGAGCGCUCACUCUCUCCCUUGGUAGCUCUGCGCGACCGUGCAGCGGCAAGGUCUCCGCUGCCUUCGCUCGAACAGCUACGCGCUCGCAUUCUGCACGAGAGGGAGGCCGCUGGCCUGCAGCGAAGUGCCAGUACUAGCGCCGCCAGUCAGGCCGCCCGAGCGUAUGCAUUGGAGAAGCUGCUCGGCACCAGCAGCACCGAUCGCUUCUACGACCAUUCCAAGGAGGGCACCUUGAUCGAGCGAGGCGCUGCCACGCCCUCGCCAACGCUGGCCAAACAUCCGGAAAGUUCGAGCGACAACGACGAGGGCAUGGUCAGCGAUGGAGCAACAGCCCGCUCGCCUCGCCGUGACAGGUCCUCGCUUCGACGCAGCAGGACGAUCGGAGGGCUCAGCGCCAUGGCGGAGAAGCAAAGGAAGGCAGCCUUCGUCGAAGGUGUUUUCCUCGCCGUUCCUGGCGCCAACUCCAAUCGACUAUCCAGGGUCAGGCAACAGACGUACGGGCUGCAAAACUCGACGGUCGAUUCGAGCACGGCGUCAGCACCAACGACGUCUCCUGAACCCGGGGCAGGCCCGGCUGCAAGCGUUGCGCCGCUGGAGAUGGCCGCCGUGACCCGGUCAGUCUCACAAAGGCAGAUCGCACGCACCGAAAUGAUUCGCAAGCUUUCCACACGGGGACGCGCAACGAAUGCUAGCGACGUCGAGGACUCGCAGCCGUCGUCGUCGAUGAGCUCGCUUUCAGCCUCUCCAUUGCCCUUUGGUCUGGCCAGGCGUACACAGGCGGCGCCGGCGACGAUCGCCCGUUCAGACUCGAGCAGACCGGAUGCGGUCGAAGCUUCCACGGCAAUCCCAACAGCACCACCCGGUCACGUCGAAGGGAUCGCGAGCACCUGGAGCGGGCUCGAUGCAUCUCCGCAAUUGCCGGCAACAUCUGAUUCGAACCAGCAGCCCUCGACGAUCCUCUUUCCGGUGGAUGGCUCUCAGACACUGGCACCGUCCCUGCCCUUCACCCCAGCAUCAGGGUUGUGGACCCCCCCAGGCGGAUCCAGCCUGUCAACGGAUCGGACGCCUCCUUGUUAUGAAGCGGGUGCCGACACUUCCUACAGCGGCGAUGACAGCGACGAUGGGAGCGAUCCUCAAGGCGCGUACGACAGUCACGAUGCCGACGAUGAUGCUUUCUACGGCCUUUAUGGAUCCCCACGCGAGGACGGCGAAAACGUGCGGAGUGAAGGCGGCCCGGGCGUCCCCGCCGGCGUCGUGAAGCGGCCAGACGCGAGGGCCGCCCUGUCGGGGAUGGGCGGCAUCGCUCCGACGCAGGCCCCGUCUGCUCAGAAGCCAGCGGACGAGCCGGCUCGCAGCCCACGGCUGAUCCGUGCGCCUAUCAAGGACCGUGCUGGCCAAACAUCUGCCGUCCCCUCUCUACCGCCACCACUCCAGACCUCUGGUCUCAACGACGGCGGUAUGCCGUCAACGCCUCCAUCGCAGCCUUCGUUCCGGCAUCCGGCAUCAGUCCCCUGCGACACGUCGCCAAAUUACGAGCUUGAGAUGGAAGAUAUCCGGAAGUCCUCCAUCCUGACGAUCAGCCCAGGUGGUAUCAACGUCCCGUUCCGAUUCUUCGACCACGACACCAACCCGUAUCCCGGUCGAGAAAGGACCGCAAUCGCGUCACGGGGCCAGGGCUCGGGCGAUUGGCCGCUGUCCGUGGACUCUUCGGUAUCCCUCCCUUCUGGACGGGAAAGCGUGGACGCGUUGGCCGGCAUCGGUUUCCGCGGGUCUGGAGACAUGCCGCCCUAUGCCGAUGAUGGCUCUGGAGACAAUGAUCGAGCAGCCUACGACUCUAUCGCUCCGGCAAACUCGGGUCUGGACGCAGGCUACGGUGCUAUGGAUUCAAGGCGUCUAGCCACCGACUUGGAUCCGAGCUCGAUUUCGGCCGACGGGGGCCGAGGUUCAACCCUGUUGACAGUGCCGUCUCUCCGAGCCAACCCGUCGGAGCGUCUGAACGCCAUCCUGGGAUCCAGCUUCGUGCGCGAAUACGCCCGAGACACCGACUUUGAUCUUCACAGCCGAGCCUCGCACGAUGAAGCCUCGUCCGCACACGAGCGGGUACCUGAAGUAGAUUUUUUGGAGCCCGAAGAAGGCAGCCAGGCGCAGACGAUCGAGACGGAGACCGAAUACGUCGGCCAAACGAGCUCUGGCAGGUCUGAGAGUGGCAACAUUCGCGUCAAGGCACAGACGAGCGAUUGGGCGCAGGACCCGUCCGACAAUGAGCUCGACGACCAUUACCUUCGCAAGGCCGAUCGCAUGGCGGCGGAGCUAGGUCGCUUGACAAGAGAAACGCGGGCGAAUCGCCUCGCCGACGAGCCGAAUGCGUCGGCAUGGCGUGACAACCUCAAUACCGCGCCGGAUGGGCACGUGCCCUCCGUUGUGCGGAGAGAUCGCGGCCAAGGCGCUGCCGCUCUUCCCAACACGGGGCAGCCAUCGCCAUCGCCGUUUCCGCCCUCGCCGUCUCAAGAGGCUAUCGUUCAGGCUACAUUCCAGCGCCGAUGGGCAGCUUCUGCGGCGGCAACACCGACUGGUGCUGAGACCGGCUCCAACCAUCCUGCGGGGAGCCUGAAGUCCGAGGCAAGCUCUUCUCAGAACAGAGAAGCCGAUUCCGGAUCCGGGUUGCGGCCGGGUGGCGGCGCAGCAUCACAGGCAGCUCGCCGGACGCAUUCGCAUCAAGCGUCCAUUGACAGCCUGAUCUCUGCCCUCGACGCGGGGGGCACCUUGAAAGCACCGUCUGGCCUGUCGCGGGCUGCUUCCGCACGCACUGCGGUCCGAGUACCCUUGACCGUGCAGGCUGCCACGAGCAUCCCGGCACCGAUGCGCAGCGUGCCGGCAACCUCUGGACCGCAGCUGACCAGCCUCCUGUCCAAUGACAAGCUGGCACCGUUCCCUGGUCUGAUCCCCACGGCCACCUCCGGCAGAGCCGUCAAUCAUUCGGGUCCGGCCUCGACCCAGGACCAUGCCCUACACGAAGGUUUCCGAACGGCCUCUGCUCAAUUGCGAUCGCAACCGCACUCGAAUCUGCAAUCGUCGCAGCCGCACUUGCAACCGUCCGGAUCUGCCACACCCAUUGCCGUGCCGGCCAUUCUGAGCCCCGCGCCUGACAGUGGCAGCGAAAAGCCGGAGACGGACAAGCCAAGCAGCUUCUUGACUACGCUUCGCCGGAAGGCGUCCGGCGCUUUUGUGGGCAAUCACGCUCGCACUGGCUCCAAGGACGGCUUCUGGUCUCGGAAGGCAAGCAUCAAACGAUCAAACUCUGCGGUCAAAGCAGGCAAAUCAGGGCGCGAAGCCCGUGCCCUCAAGAUUGAGCAUCCACACCACGUCGGCGGUCCGGUGCAGAUCAUCUCCCCAUGGAGACACGAGGCCAAUCAAAAUUCGCCCGCCUCUGUGUCGACCGGCGGCAGUCCGGACAUCCUGCAUACUCUCGGCACGUUUCCAGAGAGCACCAGCUCGGGCAAGCUUCGCGAAGACCUCGAGGACGGCAGUGCAGACGCCGGCGUCUCAACCGCAGCGGCCGGCGCCACGGCUGGUCUGGCUCCAGCGACCGUCGCCAUGGCGAGGCGAUACAGCCGCAUGUUGACAGACACGCGAGCGCCGAUGGCUGUGCCAGGUGUCCUCCCCGCCACGUCCCUGGAUCCCCCGAGGAAACUGCUUCUGGACGAGCCCGUCUUCCAGGUGAUCAGCGCCACCACGAUCAAGGACCGCUACCUCUUCCUCUUCAGCGACAUCUUGGUCAUCGCCAAGCCCAUCGCACCGCCAGGAGGAAGGGCUCCCGAUGGCGAAGCGACGAAACUGAAGGGCGCCGCCGUCCUGCCAGACUCGCGGUGGAGUUUCUCCGUCAAGAACAUCUUGGAACUCGCCCGCGUCAAAGUCAGCAUCACGGCCAGCUCCAGGCGCUCUCCGGCCAAGUCUCGCGCCAAGAAUCCGACGCUGCUGGCUUUUGUCGAACACUUUGCAAAGGACCCGGAAGACGCUGUACGGACCCUGCUGGCACGAACCAAGCUACAUGACUCCAGCGCAUCUAUUGGCCAGCUGCUCUAUCAGACUCCUGAACUCGACAGGGGCGUGUUGACGGCCUACCUCACCGCGCCAUCCCGCCGAGACCUGUUGGCCGCGUACGUUUCUCAACACCGCCUCACCGGGGUUUCGAUCGAAUCGGGCCUUCGGAGCCUAUUGCUGGAGCUGCGCUUUCCUCCGGACGUCAAAUCCUUCGAGGCCGUGCUCGUCAACUUUGCUCGGCACUGGGUAGCCUGCAACGCGGCGUUGGUCAAGCCAGGCUUCACCUUUGAGCUCGCCUCGGAUCUCGUCUUCGCAAUCAUGGCGCUGAACGACGCUUUGCACUCGACGUCAGGGGCGUCCGAGAUGCGCUCUGCGACGGCGCCGACCACUCCUGGCUUUUUCAGCGAGCCAUGCGGUGACCUGUCCAAGGCUGACUUCCUCGAGGUUUUCCGACAGCACGAUCCUGGCGCGGUUCUGUCUGACCGCACCCUCGGCCGCAUCUACCUCAGCGUUCGGUCGGAGCCAAUCGCCCAAGCUCUCUCCGCGGAUGAGGACAGAGUCACCAUCUGGAUCAAGGGCGGCAAGCUUCCGUCGAGGUUGACAUAUGGCCAGCCGUCCCAGCCCGUCACUCUGUGCAUCCCUGCCGCUGACCCAGAUCUGGCGAUCCGGCUCUACGCUCAGGAUAUGACAUUCGAGCCUCCUAUUCUCACCUUCGGAAAGUCGUGCGAGGCGAGUUUCACCAUGACGAGCAAGUCUCUAGGACAAAAACACGUCAUUUUCGUCCGCGCCGGGCGCAACGCCCGGCUCUACGCGGGAAACGAGGUACAGCUACCCGGGGCAGGCCAGCUCGAGGUGCAAGGCGUGGCGGAGCAAGCCGAGGCAGACGUGCCGCUACCACGGAGCCUCGCCGUCGUCAUUGAGCGCGCCUUCAUGAAGCACAGCUUCACCAUCACGUCUCACGAGUCCGACGGCGCGAAGCGUCACUUCAUGCUCAGUUUCGAGAGCGAGGCCAAAAUGCUGGGUUGGACACGCGCCAUCGAGCGGUCUUCAAGAACACUACAGGCCGACCUCGGAUACGGGCUCGGGAUUAGUGCCGGUCGCUUCGGCGAGCAGGAAGAGCGUCCGAACCCGUCUAUGCCACUCAGCGCGCGGAGCCGCCGUGCGGCAGAUGCCAUUGCUUUGCAAGUGCUUUGGGAAACGCUGGUCGCCAGCGACGACGCGGCAGGAUUCGAGCGAGGUCCUGGCCUAAGCCGCUCAGCAACCGUCCACGUUCCCACGCUCACUACAUCGCGGCACCCGGCCAUGCUCUCAGCCGCACCUCUGUUGGACCGACAAGCAUCGACAAGCCGUCACUAUUACGCUGGCGGCGCCGUCGGACAGCACGAGCGCGACCUCCUCAUCGCCUCUUCGAAGGCAAGCGCGACACAAGGCAAGCACGGCGAGCCGGCGGCCGCAGAAUCCUCGGCGCCCAAGGGUCCCGGCGCCGGGCACACAAAAGGCGCUGCGUCGCUCUCCUCUGCCCCGGUACCAGGCGACAAGCGCCAAGCGACGAUGGCCAAAGCGCCGGAAGCUGCGGCCAACAAGGACGCGGCCGAGAAGAAGGAGCUCGCGGGCGAGGAAGUCGUGACGAUUUGCAGGCAAAACAGCCUUCUCCCGCUCGUUCUGGCCCAUCUCGAUUCUCUCGCGGCGGGCACGGUCUGA